AUGCAUCUGUUCACGGUGAUCAUCUACUGCCUUGUCUACUCUGUGUUUGGGAAACACGUCCCUGAUACUGACCCAGGGGAAGACUUCCCUUUGGACUUCUCAGUGUUUGGGAAACACAUCCCUGAUACUAACUCAGGGGAAGACUUCCCUUUGGACUUCUCAGAGUUUGCGAAACACAUCCUUGAUACUAAUUCAGGGGAAGACUUCCCUUUGGACUUCGCAGCGUUUUGGGAACACAUUCCUGAUACUGGGGAAGACUUCCCUUCAUUCGACCUUGAUGAUUCUGCAUUUGACAUUGACCUUAAUGGAGAGCUCCGUUUUGAUCCCACGAAAUUGAACAGCACUCAGAAAAUCCCUGGCGUUUGUUUCGUCUGCAAGAAGGUGGUGGGUUUUGUCCUUCGCAAGAUACCUAGACCCUCCUCGAGGCAGGUCAGAAAUGCCUUGCACUCUGUCUGCAGACGUAUCCGUGUGCCGCAUUGGAUAUGCCGAAAAGUUGUGCACAUCGGCAGGCUCAUCCACAAGAUAGUGUCCCUGCAUGCACCAUGGGCAGUCUGUCGGGCACUCCAUCUCUGCUGGUGGCCUCUUCCUGAGAACACAAUGCCAGAGAAACCAGCAGCAAAGCCAGCUCCACCUCGAAGCAUCCGCAAUCAUCUGCUGUGAUGUCACAAGCUAUAAUACACAGCAGAGGUGGAAGUAAACGCAUUGCAAGUAAAAGUAGACGUGCUUAUCAGCAGUGAGAAAAGUCUGAUUUGAUGAGGGUUUGGAGAUAAAGAUUGGU